AUGCCAACGUGGCUCAAUGUCGCCGAGAAACCCAGCGUUGCCAAGGAGAUGGCGCAGAGCCUCUCGGGUGGCCACUGCCGCACAGUGCAAUCACAGUCUCGCUUUAACCCAGUCUUCGAGUUUAACUUCGAGGGUAAGACGAUGCUGGUCACGUCGGUAGUGGGUCACCUCAUGGAGGACCAGUUUCCACCCAACACCAAGAACUGGUCCACCUACCCAUUUCAGGGUCUCUUCUCGGCACCAAUCUCCAAGUACGUGCGAACCGAUCUCGAACCGGUGAAGAAGAACCUCGAAGCACUCGCCACUCGAGCUGACGCGCUCAUUCUGUGGCUGGACUGCGACCGGGAAGGCGAGAACAUCUGCUUCGAGGUGAUGCAAGUAGUGCAAAGCAAGCGACCACAGGUGCAGGUGAAGCGAGCCCACUUCUCUGCCCUCACCGCACGCGACUUGCUGAACGCCGUGCACAACCUCAAGCUGCCAGACAAGCGUCUCUCAGAUGCAGUGGAGGCGCGACAGGAGAUGGACCUGCGCAUCGGGGCGACCUUUACCCGCUAUCAAACGGUGAAGUUUCGCCACCUGUUUGCCGAGGUUCCCGGAGUGCUGAGCUUUGGCCCUUGUCAGUUCCCCACCCUCGGCUUUGUGGUGCGGCGCUACUGGAAACAACAGGGAUUUGUCCCAGAGGACUUCUUCACUCUUCAGGUGCAACAUGGUGACACCAAGUUCUACAGCAGUCGCGGCUCCUUGUACGAUCAGGUGGCGGCCACCUUGAUCUACGAGGACAUGCUGCAGGCGGCGGCGGCGGAGGGGCACAAGGGCCGCAUCACCAACGUGCAGCAGCGUCCAAGUCGCCGACGCCCGCCAGUGCCACUGGCUACCGUCAUUAUGCAGAAACUGGCCGCAACGCACCUCCGCAUCUCCUCUGAGCGCUGCAUGACGCUGGCUGAGUCCCUCUAUCAAGAAGGCCUAAUCUCGUACCCACGGACAGAGACAGACUCAUACACCUUUCAAGAGAGCGAGCUGCUAGAGCUAAUUCGACUGCAAAUUGCAAACCCCGACGUGGCCGAGUAUGCGACAGCCAUGUUGGCCGAUAUCGCCGCGCGCGUGCGCCCGCCGCUCCGCGGCGGUCACGACGACAAAGCGCACCCGCCCAUUCACCCAACCAAGGCCUGGAACGCGACGCGGGACGAGCGCGGCAGUCUGUACAAUCUGAUUGUGCGUCACUUUCUCGCCUCACUCUCCCCCGACGCAGUCGCCGCGACAACACGGGUGUCGGCGGAGUUUGGUGGGGAGUCGUUCUCCACCGGCGGGACAACGAUCGUGCAGCGCGGUUGGCUGGACAUCUUCCCGUACGAGCGGUGGGACAGUACGUGCAUCCCGAACUACCAGAUAGGCGACACGUUUGAGCCAACAGCCGUGCUGCUCAAGAAGGGCCGGACCUCAGCGCCGCCCCACCUGACGGAGUCACGUCUCAUCUCGCUGAUGGACAGCAACGGUAUUGGGACAGACGCCACCAUUGCUCAGCACAUCAAGACCGUGCUGGAUCGCGAGUAUGUGAGGCGGGAAGGUCAGUCGCUGGUGCCGACGACGCUGGGGAUUGCCCUGGCCUCCGCCUAUGAGUCCCUCGGAUUGGCCAGCCUGCUGCAACCGCAGUUGCGGGCGCAGAUGGAGUUGGCGAUGGGCGACAUCGCAAACGGCGCCGCCACAAAAGCGCAGGUGGUGGCGGCAGCAGUGCAGCUCUACGAGGAGAUCUUCAGUCGCCUCAUGGCCAGCACAGGCGCAUUUUACGAGGAACUCAAGCGACAUCUGCGCCUAGCGGCGGAGACAGACACGCAUGCCGUCCAGGUCACAGUGGUGAAGGACAAUUUCAUCCAAUGCGGAACGUGUGGCCGACACAUGGACCUCGUCGAGCGCGCCGGCGAGCGCGAUCACGAUCGGGAGGUGUGGAGUGUGCGCUGCCGCGGGUGCAACAAGAUGCAUCGGCUGCCGAACGGCCGCCUCAACACUCUGGAGCCGGUGAACCCGCCACACACCUGUCCACUGUGCGGAUUCGUCGUGCUACGUGUCACAAAUCGCGAGAAGCAGACGUCCUACCACGUCUGCCCACACUGUUUCGGAAGUCCGCCGAGGGCAUGGAACGUGACCGGCUGUGGUACUGCCGGCGCAGAUGCUCUCCUUCCCGACAUCGAGGCCGCGGCCGAGUUCCGCUGCUUCCAGUGUACUGCCGACUGCCCCUUGGCGAAGGGACUCGAAGCGAUAGGCAUCACCACGUGCAUUGCGUGCCACCAGCACGAACUGCGCCUACGCCCUGGGCCGAAUGGGUUUUUUCUGUCGUGUAGGGGGUACCCCUCGUGCCACCUGAGCGUCUCGCUGCCGGCGGCGGCCUCUGUGAAGCCAAGUCCCUCGCAGCGCUGCCCCGCGUGCAACGCAGUGCUUCUCACAUUCGACUUUAGCGGCCGUCAAGGGGUCCCGGGGCUGAACAUGCUCGACACCAUCUGCAUUAGAUGCGACGCACGCAUCAAAGACUACAUAACGGUAAAGGGUUUUCUAACGGGCGGCGCAAGCUCGUCAGCAAUGCCAAGCAGCGCCGCCUCUGUAGCCUCCACCGUGACAGGGACGUACACGCUGCCCUCAGUAACGUCUUCCGCACGCCGCAGCGGGAGGGGAGGUGGGCAGCGGGGUGGCCGUAGUGGUGGGGCGGCGGCGGGGGAGGCGAACAUGUCCACUGGCAGAGUCGACACAGUGUGUGGAUGCGGUAUGCCAGUGAAGCAGCUCGUCUCACGCAAAGAAGCUUCACGCGGCAAACGCUUCCUCACGUGUGCUAGUCGGAAGUGCGCUUUCUUUCAGUGGCUUGACUGA